AGAUAGUGUUGCAAACUGCGAAUGAAUGUGUGAAUCAGUGUUUACGGUAAGGAGAGGGUACCUCGACCAAGGAAAAGGCCGAUAUCUUCUUCUCACAAAUUGAGUUUUCUCCCUUCGAUCAACAGCAGCAGCAGCCACCACCCAUCAUCAACACCGCGAUGCACUUUACUAUGUCGACAGAGAAGUUGUCAGGUCGAGGCAAGGAUAUGGUGCCUCUGGCCGACGACUUUGUACCUGGCCCCGGACACGUUAUCUGCGCCAAAGGCAAACAGGCCAAGCAACAUCCUGCCAAUCGAAUGCUGAAAAACCUUGUCCAGUCCAAGCUGAAGGAGUAUUCCGAGUGUCCUUCCAAACUGGAAAGGUCCUUUAUCGUGUCGGCAAUCUUGAAGACCAUCCGCCAAAAUGGAGGAUUUGUACGCAAUAUCAAUGGAAAAUGGUUUGAUAUUGGAGACCGCAACAGCAAGGAAAAGAUUGGGCAAUUGUUCCGUGACAAUCUUUCUCACAUGUUCAAGUCUUCCACCAAAGCCAAGGCCAGUAUCCGGCGCCAGAAGAGGAAUUCAUCUGGAGAUAGCGCUUCCGGCUCUUCCAACGACUCUGAUAAAAACGAGUCUCCUCCCCAACGCGCAAAAUCCACUUAUACCUUCCCCAUCUCCGAAGUUACCAUCGAUACCUCCGCCCCACAGCCUGAUGCCGCCAAGUCCAAUGGCAAACAAUACACCAUGGAAGUCAGUGACUUAGAGCCCAUUCCUCUGGCAGACGCCACUGUGGCUCAAUUCGGUAGCAUGGAAUAUGAUACCUCUUCCAGUGCUGUUAGCUCCAACGCAUCCUCCUUUGACAGUUCCAUGCAUGAUCUCUACAGUCAUCUCUCUUGUUCCGUCUUGUCCAGUACCACUGCGAACACUAUGGCAUCUUCUCAAUUCAACAAUUCCGCCUUCCAACAACAACAAGCUAAUAAUGCCAAUGUCGCGAUGGAUAACCAACAACAGCAGUCUCUGUUGUCCAGUCUGCAAGUCCAAUCUGGCGUGGCCUUGCCCAGUCCUUAUGCCCUCCGAGCUCAGUUGGCUUUAUCGGGACACUUUAGCAACUAUCAGAACAACAACACGAGUCCCCUCAGCAUUGACCAGAGCAACUUUCUAUUAUCCAGCUUGCAAGCUCCUUCCAGCGCCAUGCUUCCCGAAUCCCUCGAGCCAACGCCCAUUGCUCCAACUUCGACGCACUUGUUGGCUCGACAACAGCAGCUUCAACGACAGCAGCAACAUCAGCAACAACAACAGUCCUCCACGAACACAACCAAUUCUGCUGCCGGCGACAGCAACACGGAGGAAGAACAAUGCGCUCAAAGCAGUCUCAAGGCUCAAUGGAAGCGACAGUUCGAGUAAACCUCCUCUUUGACUCGACUACUAAUGCCAAGAGGCAAGACUACUACAUCAACUAAACAUCAAUAUCUAAGACUACAUCGACUUAAGUUAAAACAUCACUAACGAAUACUACAUCAAUGCCUGCACUACUUCCAAAUCAUAAUGCUGUAGGGCCCUGCUC